AUUUCGGACUCAGCGAACGACACACAUGAUGCCGCUGACAAUGGCCGUAGUUUCCGGAGUGCAGAGUAGAGCCAUGACGUGCUGACUGUGUGCAGCUCCCGUGCUAUUCGAGUACGACCGGACGGCGUUGGCGAGUCCCUCCCACAGCUUUCGCGCUCGUUGCCGUUGUGUUCCAGCAAUGCAAGCGAUUGCCGAAGCUAUUCGGGAGCAGAUUUUGUCGAUUCUAUCCUACAUUGACCCAAACGACGAUAUCAAGGAGCUGGUUCACAACACCAUUCUGGAUCAUUGCGGACUUUUGCAGAAGCGUGAAGAGUUGGACGACGAUCUUGACUAUACUGAAGAAGAGGCACAAUUUCAUGAGGAAAUAAAACUUCAACGGCAGGAGGAGGAAGCAGAGACCUUCCGGUUGUUUACUGAAGAGGAGACCUACAAACAACGCUUGAAAAACGUUGCGUUGUUCAUAGGCGCUUCUGCUGGAGGAUGGUUUGGCGACGAGGACGACGAAGACUAACGCUCUUAGAUGCAGUAUUACUAGUUCGAAUUUUAUGACUACAUGACGUUGAAUGCCAGCCUGUUGCUUUUCCUUCUAUCUAUUCUUGAAACUAGAAUACUUGAAUUUGCAAGCUUACGGGCAUGAGAUUCUCAUCAUCGUCAAUGCCUUUGUUUUUACGAGUGUAGGUCACAAAUCGUUGAUUCUAUGAAUAGGAGUAUGGAAAGUUCAAAUGCUCUACAUGUUCUCUGAGGUAAUUGAAAAUGAUUCUUACUGCACACCGCAAUCAUUAUAUUACGUAUGGCAGCUCUUGUGAAUAUGUGCAGUGUUUUGUUUGUUCAAGGUUAUUGGUCGAGCUUUCACGACUGUACAGCUUUUAAUUUCUUCGUUGGAGCCAAAGCAUUAUUUCACAUUGUGUUUGUAAGUCCCUUUGCUACAUUUGUUAACAGCAUUUUGUCGUGAUAGAGGCUUCAAGUGCGUGCCUUGAGUUGUAGGCGCGUGCGAGGCGAAAUCGUAUAGUCGCUCGACACGACCGUGGCUCCGAGCUACAGUAGUACAGCCGCACAUGUGUUCAUAUGUUGACUCUUUGCACGAGGUUGCUGUACAAGACUGUAAAUUGUUGUGAAUAAUUUUUUGUUGUGUGCCAAAAUUUCUCAAAUAGCUCUAAACUUUUCAUAUCCUGCUGUGCUUUCAUUCUUCCGUUUCUCACCGU